AUGCAUUUGAAACGAAGUUAUAAACAACUGCAAAACGUAAGCAAUGUUCCAUUGAAGAGAUGGUUCGCAUACCAAGAGGAAGCUCCACCUCCAGAACCGACACCGGAACCUGCACCAACACCUUCACCACAGCCGGAGCCAACACCAUCACCAACACCUGCACCUCCACCGCCAGAAGCAGCUCCAACGCCAUCGCCAGAACCGCCAGCGCCAUCACCAGCACCUCCUGCUGAGGGAGCUCCGCCAGCGGAAGGUGCUCCACCUGCGGAAGGAGCGCCAGCACCUCCAGCAGAAGGUGCACCGGCGGCUGCACCUGCAGAAGGCGCGGCACCACCAGCGGAAGGUGUAGCACCACCAGCUGCUCCUGCGGAUGGAACAGCGCCGCCACCAGCGGAAGGCGCGCCGGCCGCACCUCCUGCUGAAGGUGCACCUCCUGCCGAGGGUGCACCUCCUGCCGAGGGUGCACCUCCUGCUGAGGGUGCAGCUCCUGCACCACCAGCAGAAGGAGCACCACCAGCGGAAGGAGCACCGCCAGCGGAAGGUGCUCCACCAGCGGAAGGUGCGCCACCCGCGGAAGGCGCGCCUGCGGCACCACCGGCAGAAGGUGCACCUGCGCCAGCGGAAGGAACCCCAGCAGCACCAGCACCAGCAGCCCCACCAGCCGAAGGUGCUGCACCUGCGGAGGGAGCGCCAGCUCCAGCUGCACCCCCAGCAGAGGCUGCGCCGGCACCCGCGCCCGCUGAAGCUAAGGUAGUUUUACUUUUGAAAGUUACAAUGAACGUCACUCCCAAUCGCCCGAUAACUGGUUCGAAGUUCAUCACGUACGCACCGGCAUCGUAACUUUGUCGAAGUUGAAACGGACGAAGGGUCACCUCGCUGUUUGAUUUCCACUCGUCACAUCGUCAGAAUUUGCAUAAAACGUACACGGAUAAGCAUAGAGUACGGAUAUACAGAUACGUCGAGUCGUAUCAUACUCGUCGUUAUGGUUCAUGCGUUGCUUGUCAUCGUUGUCAUCACCGUCAUCAUCAUCGUUAUCGUAACCAUUGUUUUCGUCCCGCACACGCGUCAGCUUCAACGUCAUGGCAUACGUUAUUGCGUAUCUCGAGAAAUGCGAGCGAAACGAAGCGAAAGAAGAUACAUACAUAUAAAUGGGGGGUGGGGGGAGAUAGAAAAAGAGACGUUUGUCGUUGACGUGUUUUCCUUCGUUCCUUCGUGGAUUUUGCGACACCUUGUUGUUCAAAGUAAAUCGAGAAUCAUGACGGGGUGCCUGAGCAAUUUUUCCGCUUGUUUUACCUAAUCAUAGGAGGAAAUUAUAAGCCGUGUUGUUGUUCUAAAGAAGGCUUUGUUGUAUUCGUAUGAUCAUAAGCGUUCGUCAGCCGUCAUACGGAUUUUUCUAUCGACUGAAAUCGAACGAGACAUAACACGAAAUAAACACGUAGUUAUACGCUACCACAACAAUUUUUAUGUAAAUAAUUUACGACGCGUUCUAUCGUAUAUGCAGACGUUAUCAACGCUUCCUUGCACGAAAUGAUUGGAUUUCGUAAUAAAAAGCUUUUUUUUUCUGCGACCAGCA